AGACCGAGGGUGGGGGUCGGGGUGGGCGUGGGUGGACUUUCCUCUAAUCUUGGUCCGGUGGAGCGGAACUACAUCCCGCCACCCCGGUCGGACCUCGCAAAGUCCCUACCUAGCGCAAGAAAGGCCAGUAUCUGCAGGGCGCCCUUUGGAAGGAGGCGGGAUGGCUUGGGCCCUGAAGCUGCCGCUGGCCGACGAGGUGAUCGAGUCCGGGCUGGUGCAGGACUUCGACUCCAGUCUGUCUGGGAUCGGCCAGGAGCUAGGCGCGGGGGCCUAUAGCAUGAGUGAUGUCCUUGCAUUGCCCAUUUUUAAACAAGAGGAGUCAAGCUUGCCGACUGAUAAUGAAAAUAAAAUCCUACCUUUCCAGUAUGUGCUUUGUGCUGCUACUUCUCCUGCUGUAAAGCUCCAUGAUGAAACACUCACAUAUCUCAAUCAAGGACAGUCUUAUGAAAUCCGAAUGCUAGAUAACAGGAAACUGGGAGAACUUCCAGAAAUCAAUGGCAAGUUAGUGAAGAGUAUAUUUCGAGUGGUGUUCCAUGACAGACGACUGCAGUACACUGAACAUCAGCAGCUUGAGGGCUGGAGAUGGAACAGGCCAGGGGAUAGAAUCCUUGAUAUAGAUAUUCCGAUGUCUGUAGGUAUAAUUGAUCCUAGGGCAAAUCCAACACAACUGAAUACUGUGGAGUUCCUCUGGGACCCUGCAAAGAGGACAUCCGUGUUUAUUCAGGUACAUUGUAUCAGUACAGAGUUCACUAUGAGAAAACAUGGUGGAGAAAAGGGUGUGCCAUUCCGAGUUCAAAUUGACACUUUCAAGGAGAAUGAGAAUGGAGAGUACACUGAACACUUGCAUUCAGCCAGUUGUCAGAUCAAAGUUUUCAAGCCCAAAGGAGCAGACCGAAAGCAAAAAACAGACAGGGAGAAAAUGGAGAAGCGAACCCCUCAUGAAAAGGAAAAAUACCAACCUUCUUAUGAGACAACUAUACUCACAGAGUGUUCUCCAUGGCCUGAGAUCACAUAUGUCAAUAAUUCUCCAUCACCUGGAUUUAACAGUUCCCAUAGCAGUUUUUCACUUGGAGAAGGGAAUGGUUCACCAAACCACCAGCCAGAACCACCUCCUCCAGUUGCAGAUAACCUUCUGCCAACAACUACCCCUCAGGAAGCUCAACAGUGGUUACAUCGCAAUCGAUUCUCCACCUUCUCGAGGCUUUUCACAAAUUUCUCAGGUGCAGAUUUAUUGAAGUUAACCAGAGAUGAUGUUAUUCAAAUUUGUGGCCCUGCUGAUGGAAUCCGACUCUUUAAUUCUUUAAAGGGGCGGAUGGUGAGGCCCAGGCUGACAAUUUAUGUUUGUCAGGAAUCCUUGCAGUUGAGAGAGCAGCAGCAACAGCAGCAGCAGCAGCAGCAGCAGCAGCAGCCAACACCGCAGCAGCAGCUAAAACAAGAGAAUGGAGACUCAAGUGGUGCUUUCUUUGUGUACCAUGCCAUCUUUCUGGAAGAAUUGACAACUGUUGAGCUGACAGAGAAAAUUGCUCAGCUUUUCAGUAUUUCCCCUUGUCAGAUCAAUCAGAUCUACAAACAGGGGCCAACAGGAAUCCAUGUGCUCAUCAGUGAUGAGAUGAUUCAGAACUUUCAGGAGGAAGCCUGUUUUGUUCUGGACACAAUGAAAGCGGAAACCAAUGAUAGCUACCAUAUCAUUUUGAAAUAGAAGGGGAACAUCCCAUGCUGGGUAGCUGCUGCUUCUUUCUCCCCUUGGACACUCCCCCUCUUGCAGAGGGCUAUGGAUAGAGAGUUGGAGGUCUGCAGGAGCCUGACUGAUGGAGAGUGGGAGGCGGGGUGGUGCUACACUCCAGAGGUGUAAAUCCCAGUCCUCCAUUCCUUGCCCCAACCCUCUUGCCACACACAAACUCCUGCCUGGCAUGCAGCUCUGCAGCUAUUUGUUAGUUAUAAUUUCUGGAUUGUGUUGUUGAAUAUUAAUAGAAACUUGUCACAUCAUUUAGAUUUUAUGUAGGGCAUAAUGAUGAUGGGAAUUGUGUGAUGUUUAAUUGAACUACGCUAAAUUUUAUGAUAAUCUGGAGCAAUGUAAUUUUUUCUAAUAUAUAAAUAAAAAUUAAUAUCUCUAUUCUUUAGACUACCCAGCAACCAACUCCCCCAUGACAUGCUUGCAGUCUCUGCUUUCACAGCAGUGUACUUAUUCCUGGAAAGCAGAAUGGUGAGGGAAAAAAAUUUCCCCAUGUACUGUAUAUAUCCUGCCAUUACCCUCUUGACACUACAUGGUGAUCCUGCAUUGCUGUGGGGAAAUGUGAGUUUACAUGGAGAAUCAAGGAAACAGCUGCCAAAAGUGACCCACCAGUAGGGUCACUGAAUGAAAUAUUGAAAUGAAAUAUAAGGGCUCACUCUCCUUUUGGGUUUUUUUUUGGGGGAGUGGGAGUGUUUCUGUGGGUUAGGAACGCUAUUACACAGUAAAGUUGGCAGGAUUUGAGCACUGAUUGUUCUUCCCAAAGUUAAUUUUUUCCAAUGAAGUUUUCAGACUUUUUAAUAUAUAGGACCUUUUUCUCUAUCCUGUGCCCUCAUUUCUAAUGUAAGAGGCACUUUUGUUUAUGUAGUAUUCUUAACUGGGUACUUUUUAAGAGAAUCUUUCUCUUAAGUAGAAAGAGCCCUAGACCAGAAGUCAAGACCUGGCUUCUAAUUCUUAACUCUGCAUUAAUUGACUCUGUGAUCCUAGGCAACUUAAUCCUUUUGGGCCUUUCUUUUCUUAUCUAUAAAAUAAAUAAUGUGAAUAAAGUGAUCUCCAAGGUCCUUUUUAGCUCUCAAAUCUAGACUUUUAUGAUGAUAUUUGUAUUCACACCCUUCCCAUAUGUGUUCUACUUUAAAGUUCUACUUUUUAAAAAGUGAUUGUGUCUGUGGGUAUACCUUUCUUAUUUUACAUGUAGAUUGCUAAAAUUUCUUUUACUAAUUAAGUUACAGCUGAAGAAGACAAUGUUAAAAGAUUCUUGUAUGGGUUUGGAUUUUUUUUAAGCACUUGAUAAAACUUAAUUGGUUUUUAUACAAAGGAAAUUUUUGUCCAUUAAAGUUAUCUUGCAAUGUAAUCUAAUUUCUUUUGGUUUAAAGCAAAUUGAAAAUCUUUAAGGUAGAAAAGAUUAAAAAUGGUUUCUUAGUUAUUUCUAAAAAAGUUUUACUAAACCAACCUGACAUAACUUUUGGAGGAUAUCUCUCAGAUGUUCUCAUUUUCUGGGAAUAAUCACAGUUAUGCCACACAUUCACCAUAACCAAAGGUUCCUCAGCAUUGACCUCACUUCUUGUGUCAGCUCAUGAUACAUUUGUCAUAGAUUAUGCUAAUUGUCAUAGUGUUUUGAGAGAAGUAUUCAAAGUUCCAGUAAUGGACAUACAUUUGUGUCUCCUAAAGUGAGGCCCCCUCAGAUUACCAGUAGGCUGUCUUUAUUGCCAAGAAAAUUUAUUAGACCUCUUUUGUGUAUCAGUCUAAAAGGAUUGUAUAAUAAUGAAACCUACAAUAAGUACCUGAAAUGAAAUUUUUUAAAAAGUAGUUUUUGUUUUACUUAAGUUGAAGAAAUAAAGAUGUUUGAUAGUUA